AUGUUCCAGGUAGAUUUCGAAUGGGCGACCAAGUUAAAUCGCUUGAUGCUGAGCGUUCCCGGUAUAUGGCCGAAUGUUCACGGAGAUGCGCGCGAUCGAUUCCUGUCGGACUUGCGUGCGACGUCUUCCCUUCUGCUGUUCGUUUUCAUCGGUUUGAUCCCCGCGAUACACUCGCUAAUGAUAAUCUGGGGCGACAUGAUCGCGAUCAUAGACAAUUUGCAAUUCACCCUGCCGCUAAUGAUGAUCAUAAUGAAACUGGUGACCAUAUGGUCGAAAAAAAUGGAUCUCGGGGUGCUUUUGGACAUGAUCGCCGAUGACUGGUUGAAGGUCAAGACUCACAGAGAGCUGCAGGUCAUGACGAAACGCGCGCGGGACGCGCGCGUUCUCACCGUGUUCGGAUACGUUUUCGUGUUUCUAGGAUUUGUUUUAAUCGCGUUCCCACCUUGCUUCGGAACGUCGUUGCGAUACGUAACGAACGUCACCGAUCCGAUCAGGAUCCUACCUUUGCAAACCCACUACUUCUACGACAAGGAUCGAAGUCCGUACUUCGAGCUGACGUUCACGGCGCAAGCUCUUCUGCUUCUGACGGCUUCCGCGUCCUACGUCGGCGUCGACAAUUUGCUCGGACUGCUCGUGUUUCAUCUGUGCGGUCAAAUGGAAAAUCUCAAAGAACGACUGAUCAAUAUGAGACAAUUCGAAACCUUCAACAGCGGUCUCGCGUUUAUCGUCGAGGAUCACAUACGCCUGAUUAAAUAUUUCAAUAUCGUCGAGAACACGUUCACUCUGUUGCUGCUCGGUCUGCUGCUUUACUUCGGCGCCAUAUUUUGUCUCUACGGAUUUUUGUUCGUCGCGAUACUGACCGAGGGAAAACAAAUGUCUGUGAUGCAGUUGGUGUACUUGAUACCCGUUGGAUUAAACGUCUGCGGUCACAUGUGUUUGCAUUGCGUGGUAGGUGAAAUACUGGUGGCACAGUGCGAAAGUAUAUAUCGGGCGGUGUACAAUUGCGAAUGGUACACGUUGGAACCGGAAGAAGCGAGAACGUUAAUUUUACUGAUGAUCCGAACCAAUAAGCCAUUGUACAUCACAGCCGGGAAAAUGUUUCCUAUGACGAUGUCGACGUUUUGCAACUUGAUAAAAACGUCGGGCGGCUAUAUAUCGGUUUUACUUGCCAAGCAAGACUACUAA